AUGAGUCCAUUGAAAAAGGUCACUCUUGUUACUAUUCUUGUUUCAUUUUAUAUGUUUUCAUCAUGUGUUUCAAGCACUGAGUUUGAAGUUGGAGGAGAAGAUGGUUGGAUCGUACCAGAAUCUAACAAGACUCAUGGAGAUAUUUUUAACCAAUGGGCUUCACACAACCGCUUUAAAGUUGACGACACUAUCCGUUUCAAGUACAAGAAAGACUCAGUGUUAGUGGUAUCAGAGGACGAGUACAAGAAAUGCAAAGCUACUAAACCGCAAUUUUAUUCGAACAAUGAUGAUACGCUUUUUAAACUAGACCGUCCCGGUUUGUUUUACUUCAUUAGCGGUGUGUCGGGUCAUUGCGAAAAGGGUCAGAAGAUGAUCAUAAAAGUUAUGGAGACUGAGUCUACACCAGAUUCUCCUUCUCCUUCUUCCCCUUCUUCAUCCUCUUCUCCUCCAUCUCUCCCGGCGACUCACAAGAAGAGCAAUGCCUUGAAAACAACAGUCCAGUUCAGUAGUUCAUGUUUUGUCGUCUUUGUGAUCAUGACUAUUUCUGUUUUUGGUUUGGUUUAA